AGGUGCUGUUUUGCUCCUCCAAAGCGUAGUUUUGGAGCAAACAUAUUUUCUGUGUUUUUCGUUGCUUUAAUGCAGUGUCAUCUAAGCAUGGAGCCCUCCUCCAACGCGGACUACAGCAAGCGGGAGUACUGGGACCAGCGCUACGCGGAGGAGGAACACUACGACUGGUUCCCCUCCGUCUAUCCCGCGUGCGUCGCCGCCUCCUUCGACGCCAUCGAGGCCGUACACAAUGCACGCUGUACAGCCUCUUCUUCUGCGCACUGCAAGACCAUCAAGGUGCUGCACCUCGGCACCGGUAAUUCCACCCUGUGCGCUGACAUCUGUGCGGCGUACGAGACCCGCUACCCGGAUGCAGCAUGUCGUCCCUAUCGGCUGAUUCAGGUCGCCAUCGAUUACUCCCCCGUGGUGAUUGAAAACAUGAGGGCCAAAUACGGUCCUCCGCACUCGUUGACCGAUGUGUAUUGGGAGGUGGCCGACUUGCGCGAUCUUGCCGGCGUACGAGUGCAAUACGGCCCCUACUUCGAUAUUGUGCUAGACAAGGGAACGAUGGACGCGUUGCAAACGGACAAGUCAAGCGAAAUGGCAGACGACGACAUCGACCGCAUGCUGUUGGAAGUCAGCAAAUGUGUGGCUGGGGACACGGGCGCGAGCGACUACCGCGUUUUUGUGCAAAUAACGUGGGAAGUUCCGUACUACCGCCUACACUACACCACAAAGAACCAAAAGUACUCCUUUAGCUGGGGUUCAAACGUCAAGUACCGCUUUCUAGGAGACAGUGACAUGUACCGAGUAUACACCUACGAGGUGGCACCACCUGCAGGGGGGUAA